UUAAUAUAAUAAACGUUUGAAUGCAUUUAUUCUAAUCACAUUAUUAUGUUAACAUUAUUAAAUACAUUGAAGGGAAUAAAGAAAUCUUAAUAAUUUUAUUUUGAAUAAAAUAGCACCUAUAUACAGAGUCAGACAUUUGUAGGAAUGGGUUCAGCACAGUCAAGUGAAACACGUUCCGUGCAGUUGGACAAUCCAAAUCCAAGCAGUGUUAUUGACAUCUCAGACGAAGUUGUGCAAAGGCUUAAGAGUGGCCUUAAACAACAAGCACGAGAAAAUGCAAUUGCUGCUGAAAAAGCAAAAUCGAAAGAAGCAACACCGCCACCAGCCAAGGAGGUACCGCGUGUAGUGCCUGUAAAAGCUGCACCACCACCACCACCCCCAAAAUCGGUGGCACCAUCACAACCAACAGUUGUUUACCAAAGCUCACAACCGACAUAUGUGUUAGGCGGCGGUACGACAGAGUCAGCGGUCGAUGUAAGACGACAAAAACAACAUGAACUGGAAGAAAAUGAUGCCAUGUGGCGUAAACGUAUGUCACAAUUGGAGGAUACUUUAAAAAAGACAGAUUCUAUUAUGGAGAAGGAAUAUGCAACGGCUGUUGAGGAUGUACGUAAACGUUUUGCUACGCCAUCACCUGCAUUGAAACUGCCACCAUGCCAAGACCUCAAAGCCCAGGUAAUUGCCUGCUAUCGUGCUUAUCCUGGUGAGACACUUAAAUGUGCUGAGGAAGUAGCUUUGUUCCAAAACUGCAUUAGUGCACAACGCGUACUUAAGUUAGACGCGGAUGAAGCGAAAACCGAAACAGCUACAGCUAAAGCUGCCUGAAAUUGAAAUUAGUCAACGAUUGUGUACAAUUUCUACUUUUUUUGUUUUUUUUUUUGAUGCAACAAAAAAUGCUUGGAAGAUCGUUGCCAGUCAUAAAGUGUAACUUAUAGUUUAAAAAUGUAAUGAAGUGUUAGAGUCAAAUCCAACUAAUGCAAUAUUUAAAUGAUAAUUGUAAAAUGAUGCUAUAAAAUUAAACUCAAGAUUCUUUAAUUGCUUUGAGUUUUUUGUGGGUAUAAAUUUAUAUUAAAUAAACAG